AUGCCUUCCAAAUACCUCUCGAAACUGCAGGGCAAGUCGGUCCUCCUGGUCGGCGGCACCACGGGCAUCGGCUACGGCAUCGCCGAGGCGUGUCUGGAAUUCGGGGCCAAGGUGGUGGUCGCCUCGCGGUCCGCCGACAAGGUCGCCGCCGCCGUCGACAGCCUCAAGACCUCGUACCCUGAGCACGCGGCCAACGUGCGCGGCCACACGGUCGACCUGAACACGGUCGCGUCCGACGACGUGGAGAAGCAGCUCGUCGCGCUCUUCGACUUCGCCACGGACCAAGGCGCGAGCCCGCUCGACCACGUCGUCGAGACCGCGGGCGAUCUCCAGCUCGCGGGCAAACUGGGCCUCGACACCAUCACGACGGAUCUGAUGCGCCAGGCCGGCGCCGUGCGGCUGGCCGGCGUCGUGCUCCUCGCCAAGGUCGCCGCCCGCUACCUCCACAAGGCCUCGACCAGCUCCUUCACCAUGACCAGCGGCGCCCUCAUCUACAAGCCGCGGCCGGGCUUCGGCGCCUUUGUCGGCAUCAGCGGCGGCAAGGAGCCCCUCGCCCGCGGCCUCGCCGUCGACUUGGCCCCCAUCCGCGUCAACCUCGUCAGUCCCGGCGCCAUCGAGACCGAACUGCUCUACUCGACCAUACCUCAGGGCAUGAAGAGGGAGGAGCUCGCCGCCCUGUACAAAAAGUCAUCCUUGCUGGGGAAGUUGGGCUCCGUCGAGGACGUCGUCGAGAGUUACUUGGGCAUCAUCAAGAACUCGUUUCAGACCGGCACCGUCGUGCAUUCCGAGGGCGGCUAUCUCCUGAUUUAG